GCGGGUGGCAACAAAAUCGCACCAGUAGCCAGCCACUAGGCAUUGUCAUUCUCAACGCUAACAGUUCUCUUUUCCUGAUUACCUGUGGAGUGUGUGAGACGUCUGCCACAGGCUUCCCAAGAUGGGCGCAUACAGAUAUAUUCAAGAGUUGUAUCGUAAAAAGCUGAGCGAUGUUAUGCGUUUCCUUUUACGUGUGAGAGUAUGGCAAUACCGCCAAUUAACUCGUAUGCACCGCGCUCCCAGGCCAACGAGGCCAGACAAAGCCAGAAGAUUAGGAUAUCGCGCCAAGCAGGGUUAUGUUGUCUUCAGAAUCCGCGUGCGACGAGGUGGUCGUAAGCGCCCAGUCCCCAAGGGUGCUACUUACGGCAAACCUAAAAGCCACGGAGUAAACCAACUGAAACCUACUCGCAAUCUACAAUCCAUCGCAGAGGAACGCGUCGGUCGUCGUUGCGGAGGACUCCGUGUACUCAAUUCAUACUGGGUGGCUCAAGAUUCUUCUUACAAAUACUUUGAAGUCAUCUUAGUUGAUCCCUCACACAAGGCUAUUCGUCGUGAUCCUAAGAUCAACUGGAUAGUAAAUGCUGUGCACAAGCACCGUGAAAUGCGUGGUCUCACAUCAGCAGGCAAGAGCUCCCGUGGUCUUGGAAAGGGUCACCGCUUCUCCCAAACCAAGGGUGGUUCUCGACGUGCUGCCUGGAUCAGACGCAACACUCUCCAACUUCGCCGCAAGCGAUAAAAACACUUCUGUCAUUACUAUUGACUUUCUAUUUGUGUGUGUCAUUCUCA